UGUUGUUAAUUUAUAUUAACACAAACUUGCUGAAAUUGGAUCCACUCCUCCCUCCCUGCAUUGCUGUAACAUGUUUAAUGAAGAAUUGAAUUACUGAAACAUACAUUUAAAAUAUAAAGGAAGGCCAUUUACUUGUUUUCAAUAUAGUUGUUUUGUUCUUUAAACAGGUUAUGUGGAUGUAAUCUCACUGCUCAGUCUUGUGGGAGUUUAUCAUCAGUUUUACAAUCCUCAAACUCUGUCCUGAGAGAGCUGGACCUGAGUAACAAUGACCUGAAGGAUUCUGGAGUGAAAUCUUUUACUGAUGGACUGAAAAGUCCAAAGUGUCAGCUGGAGAUUCUGAGAUUGUCUGGCUGUAUGGUGACAGAGAAAGGCUGUCAUUAUGUGUUUUCAGCUCUGAGUUCAAACCUCUCACACCUGAGAGAGCUGGAUCUGAGCUACAAUCACCCAGGAGAUUUAGGAAUCAAACUCCUCACUGAAAUACUGUUGGAUUCAACCUGCUUACUGGACAAACUCAAUGUGGAUCAUGGAGGAGAAUCCAGGAUUACAGCAGGACUGAAGAAAUGGGUUUGUUUGCUCACACUGGAUCCAAACACAGCAAACACUCAACUCCGACUGUCUGAGGAAAACAGAAAGGUGACAAACAAAUAUGGGAAUCAGUGGUAUCCUGAUCAUCCAGACAGAUUUAAUGUGUAUCAGGUGUUGUGUAGAGAGAGUGUGUGUGGACGCUGUUACUGGGAGAUUGAGUGGAGUGGACCUGAUCACGGUGUGUUUAUAUCAGUGUCAUAUAAGAGCAUCAGCAGGAAGGGAGACAGUGAUGAGUGUUUGUUUGGAUCUAAUGAUCAGUCCUGGAGUUUGAGCUGCUCUCGCUCCAGUUACUCAUUCAGACACAAUAACAUACAGACUGAUCUCCCUGUAAAUCCCAUCAGUCAUAGAACAGGUCUGUAUGUGGAUGAUAAUAAUAUCUAUAGAAUAGGAGUGUAUGUGGAUGAGAGUGCAGGAACUCUGUCCUUCUACAGCAUCUCCAGAAAGACAAUGAGUCUCAUCCACACAGAACAGACCACAUUCACUCAGCCGCUCUAUCCUGGGUUUUAUGUUGGUUCAGAAUCAUCAGUGAAACUGUGUUGGUGAAUCAGAAUAGACUGAUGAGAGAUUCUACCCAUAAUGCCUUGAGUUGAUGAUGAAUCAGUAAGAGUGAGAUGUUAUUGAGUCUCUUCAUGACAUUAAUACUGCAGCUCAACUUCUGUCACUCAAAUAACAGUCAGAAUAAUUAUGUCAUAAAUCCUCAUAUAGACAGUAACAUCAGUGUGUGAGUCUAUAUUUGUUUUUAUUGUCAUGUCUCAUAAAUCAUUUUUUAUUACAACUAAAAUAUAAAAAUGUCACAAUCAUGAUUUAUUAACGUAAUUAAUUUCUCUCUAUUUUUUGUACAGAAAUAAUAAAACAAUGACAAAUCAACUUGAGAUCAGAUUUUAAUUGAUGUUUGUAUCAUGAAUAUAAUCGAUUCCUCAUAAGACUGAAAUGAGUUUCUGACAUAAAAUAUGAAAUGAAUCACAGCAUUGUUAUGAUUCCUGUCUAGUCAGUCUGCCGCCGGAGGUCGCUGUGUAUCUUGUUAACAUCUCACACUGUUGUUCCAUUUACGUUUCCCAUCACCCAUCACGCUGAUUGCACAAACAUCUGUGGCCAAUCAGGCGCGCUAUAAAAGCCCCGGACUUUCCCCCCUGUGACUCACCGAGUAUUGUGGUGUUUUUUAUUGUUGUAUCCCUAGUUCCCUAGUUCUGUUUUCUAGCCUGGCAAUCUCGUUUCGUCCGUCUUGCCGCCUGCCUUUUGGACUACUCGCUUGAUUCACUGAUUAUCCCUUCACCUUUCCCCCUGGAUUACGUUUGCUGAUCAUCGACCCACGCCUGCUGCACGGACUAUUCUUGUGUCUCGCUCCUACAUACCUGUUUGCCACUGUUUUCGACCCAGCUUGUUUGUUACCAUGUUUUUGUCUUGCCCUUCCAAUAAAAGCUUGC